AAGAGAUGAUCAGGAAGUCGAGGAGGAAGCGAGAGCACGCGGAGAUCUGGCCAUGGUGCCGGAGUCUCCGCGCUCUCCGGCAAAUCCAUGGCCUCAUGGUCGUCCGGGGCUUCCUCUCCGACCCCUCCACCCUGCGUGAGCUCAUCUUCUGCUCCGCUAUCUCUAUCCCUUUCGCCAUGCCUUACGCCCUCCAACUGUUCGACCAAAUUCCCCAUCCAGACCUCUUCAUUUGGAACACUGUCAUUCGCGGCGCUGCGCACACUGCCACUCCGCUUGAUGCUGUGUCUCUCUUCUCUCGCAUGGAGCUAUCCGGUGCUCGGCCCAACAAGCUCACCUUCCCUUUCCUCCUUCGAGCUUGUACCAAACUCUCAUCGCCAUUUCUUGGUUCUCAGUUCCAUUCGAAGAUUUUGAAGUUGGGCUGAGGCUCUUUUUGAUGAAAAUGCUAGAAGGGAUGUGGCUGCUUGGUCUUCUCUGGUUGCUGGCUAUGCAAAC